GGAGGAUAACAGAGAUAAAAAUCAAAGCCAAAGAAACAAAAAAUUAAGGAAUUACGCAAAAGCUGGCAUGAAAAGCUGAAAAUCCACGCACAUCCUUACGGAAGUGGUGAAUGCAAAUAUUUAGUUAAAUAUUUUGGCCAAACACAUGCUUUGAAUGCUCGGCAGCUACCGCUACGUGAGUAAAUUUGUAUGCGUAUGUGUUGGAAUGUUAUUCCCCCAGCAGCGCUGCAAUUUGUAAAAUAACCUGCGGGCUUCUUUUACUGGUGCAAAUUAUCACGAAUAUAUUUUAUGCAAAAUAUGGUCCAAGCAACACCUGAAGCAGAGUGAACAGAGCGAAGAGACUUACAUAUUUCAAAGGAGGUAUAACAGAGCGACCGCAGGGGACGACAGACCGAGUGAAAAAUUAUCAACUUCAAGACGCGCAAGCUGCUUGAUUUAUAGCGUUUUGCGAAAUACGAGUGCGACAGCAAGUUAACUACAUUUGCUGCAGCUACACCAACAUCAACAACAAGAACAGCAAUUCACCAAACAUUAAAACACAGCCGAGCACCGAGCAGCGCUCAACUCACUCGAAAAAUCACCCAAAGCCAUAAAAGACACAAGAAACGCUGAGUUCGUUAUUACGAAUAAGAAAAGAAAACUUGUGCGAGUGAAGAAUACGAGAAAGAGACACUUUGUUUUCGUGUUGCAGUAGCGCAGCAACGCAUCUUGAAUUGCAUUGCACGGCACUUCUUCAACAACGACACACAUCAGCGCAGUUCAACACAAUUCCAGGCACGUCUCUGCAAAUAUCCGCGAGCGCGCCGUAGGCACUCCUCAAUCCUAUUGUCGACACUCAGCAUCUGCUCUAAAAGCAGCCCAAGAAGCAAUCGUCAGCAUUUAGUAUAUCGGCGCAGCGAACGCAGCAGACACCAGCUUCCCAUCCACUUUCGCGGGCCACUCACUCCAAACGCCCCGCCAAAAUGCGCGGCCGCCACCUACGUAGGCGCUUCAGCUUGCAGCCGUCAUUUAUGAAGGACGACAGUGCUGACGAUAAACCGAAGCGAGACAAAGUUGGACGCAACAAUGCCGUGGAUGACGCCAUUGGACCAGCAAACGCACGUCAUAAAAUCGUUGUUAUGGGUGCGGCUAAAGUUGGCAAAACCUCUAUAAUCACACAAUUUCUAUACAACACAUUUAGCACCAAAUACAAAAGGACCAUCGAGGAAAUGCAUCAAGGCAACUUUUCAAUUGCCGGCGUUAGCCUGACGCUGGACAUUCUAGAUACGGCCGGCUCCUAUGAGUUUCCUGCUAUGCGCGCCCUCUCCAUCUCAUCGGCAGAUGCGUUCAUUCUGGUCUAUGAUGUCACCGACGCGUCCACAUUCGAGGAGAUUCGCAUGAUACGCGACCAAAUACACGAGACCAAAGCGACAACAGCUGUGCCCAUUGUGGUGGUUGGCAACAAAAUUGACCUGGUCGCUGAGAAGGAGGAUGCGCGGGAGGUUGAAUAUGCCACUACAGAAUCGGUCGUCACCUUAGAUUGGGAGAAUGGUUUUGUUGAAGCAUCUGCGGCCAAAAAUGAGAACGUAACACAGGUUUUCAAAGAGCUCCUCUCACAGGCGAAAAUCACGUACAAUCUAAGUCCAGCAUUACGACGACGCCGGCAAUCGUUGCCACAGCAGGUGGGCAAUAAUGGAGCAGGCACCCCAACACAUCAUCAUCAUCCACAUGUAGCAAACACCUCGGCGGCGGGCAGCGCUCACGGAGCGACACUACCGGCGCACGCACCAACUGCAGCGCAACUGCAACACUUGCAAAGGAUACAGGAACGCAGUUUGGGUAGCAAACGUAACUCCUGCACAAUAUCCUAAAGUCAAUAAGCAUGGACAGAAGAUGGACGUGCAUGCACACUCACACACACACACACACUCGCAUAUUUCCCAUGUGACAUAAAGUGCGAAUAGGAGGCAUUGGCGAAUAGGCACGUAAA